CUUUCUUGUUCAUUAUUAUUAUUGUGUUAUUCUUGAUUGAGGGAUCUUCUUCAAUGAUGAACAAGUUGUUUCUUGAGCCCUUCCGGAAGUUGGCGAGCCGCCGUGGUGGUGGCUGCUCCAUAAAGCCUGUCCAUGACUGGCAAUUCACUCAUCCUAAUAUUUCUGCAUUUUUGCCUUCAAAUGGCUUCUUUUCUUCUUCCUCAGUUGAGGACUCGGAGAAUUAUCAAAUCGCCGGCAAGGACUUGUCUACGCCAUUAUAUAAACGCCUGAAUUCUGAGUCCAAAUCUCACAACACCAAAAUUAUCAAUCCAAAAUCUUCUCGUCGUUUUCCAUCGUUUUCUUCUUCCAUUCGCAGAUCAAUGACGAUCCUCAUCCCUCAACGCCAAUUCGCAUCGGAGGCUGGGACUCAGGCGAUCUCCUUGGAUAGUAAUGAGUUGGUAUUGGACGGUGAGUUUGUGAAUCCAAAAUCUUCACCAAACGACGCAGGUUUCUUCGCCCCCGAAAUCAACUCCUUUGGCCAUUCUUUCAGGGAUUACGAUAAUGCAGAAAGCGUAAGGCAAAAGACAGUUGAAGAACUCUACCGCUUGAAUCACAUCAACCAAACAUAUGAUUUUGUAAAGAAAAUGAGAGAAGAAUAUGGGAAAUUGGACAAGACAGAAAUGAGCAUAUGGGAAUGUUGUGAGAUGCUGAAUGAAGUGGUUGAUGAUAGUGAUCCAGAUUUGGAUGAGCCUCAGAUUCAACAUUUGCUUCAAUCUGCUGAAGCCAUUAGAAAAGACUAUCCCGAUGAAGAUUGGCUCCACUUGACUGCUCUCAUUCAUGAUCUUGGAAAGGUUCUUCUUCUUCCUGCCUUCGGAGGGCUUCCACAGUGGGCUGUUGUUGGUGAUACAUAUCCUCUUGGCUGUGCUUUUGACAAAUCCAUCGUCCAUCACAAGUACUUCAAAGAUAAUAUAGACAACAAUAAUCCUGCUUACAAUACAAAGUAUGGAGUCUAUUCUCCCGGAUGUGGACUGGACAAUGUAGUAAUCUCUUGGGGCCACGAUGACUACAUGUACUUGGUAGCGAAAGAGAACGGAACAACCUUACCUGAUGCCGGCUUAUUUAUCGUUAGAUAUCACUCAUUUUAUCCAAUGCACAAAGAAGGAGCAUAUCAACAUUUGAUGAAUGAGGAGGAUGCUGAGAAUAUGAAGUGGCUUCACAUUUUCAACAAAUACGACCUUUACAGCAAGAGCAAAGUUCUAGUUGAUGUAGAGAAGGUCAAACCUUACUACCAAUCUCUUAUUCAAAAGUAUUUUCCGGCAAAGCUCAAAUGGUGAAUUAAGAUGAAAUACCGAGAUGAAAAUUGGUUUCAUGAGCAAUGACAUAAAAUGUGAUGGGUUCCUGAACCAACGGUUAGCGUCGGUUGUAUAAAAUAUUAAUUGUUGUUGUCGUAUUUAGUUUGUGAAUGAAUGAACGUACGAUCGAGUCUAUCCACAAUUCUACCUCCUAAGUUCACAUCUUUCUUUGUGUGUGAAAUAUUCAUGUAAGCCAAACUUUUAUUAAUGUAAGUAAUAUAUAACCGUUUUAAAUAUAAUGAAUGAGUUAUUGUUUUUCGUUGGAGAUAAA